CACGACUGUGUUUACAUCACUUUAUCUUGGGGUUAGAUUGGGUUAGAUAUACAUAGUACGUUUCAGAUAUAUCUUGGUCUAUCUGGCAACAUCGUGUCGCGAAAUGCGCAUACAAGUUGCGCGUCCAUCGACCUUUUUUGACAUUGAACCGUUCAAAAUACUGGAGAAAAUUCAGUCAUAUUUUGUCAACAGAAGAUUUCCAUCUCAGUUUCCCUGCCUUCUCUACAAGUAAUCCAUCGGAGCACUUCAAUAUUGAACAAGGUAAAGAAGGCAUCAUGGAUCUGACGUCAGUUGUAGUCCCUACUACUCCCUUUGAAGGGCAAAAACCAGGCACCAGUGGUCUCAGGAAGAAGGUUAAAGUGUUUAUGGAGAAAAACUACACUGAAAACUUUAUUCAAUGCAUUCUGAACGCACUUGGGAGUAAAGUAAAGGGUUGUACACUUGUAGUCGGUGGAGAUGGAAGGUACUUCACAAAACAGGCUAUCAACAUCAUCAUUCGGAUUGCUGCUGCCAAUGGAGUUGCUAAACUAAUAAUUGGACAUCUAGGGAUCUUCUCUACACCAGCUGUAUCAAGUCUUAUAAGAACCCAUAAAGUGUUAGGCGGUAUCGUACUUACGGCAUCGCACAACCCGGGUGGUAUUAGGAAUGACUUUGGCAUCAAAUACAACAUUGAAAACGGAGGUCCAGCACCUGAUAGUGUCACAGACGCCAUCUAUGAGGAGACCAAGAAGAUCAAAGAAUAUUAUUUCACACCUAAGCUGGAAACUGACAGACUCAUCGAUAAUACGGGCACUCAUACAUACAAGGUUGAUGGUCGAGACUUUGUCGUAGAGAUCAUUGAUCCCACAAUAGAUUAUGUAAACCUAAUGAAAGAGAUAUUCGAUUUCCAAAAACUGAGGGACCUCAUCCGCGGUACUGACGAAAGACCGCCAUUCAACGUACUCAUAGAUUCUAUGAAUGGGGUUACUGGAGUGUAUGUCAGGAAAAUAUUCGUAGAAGAGCUUGGAGCCCAUCCAGACAAUCACGUCACCAGAAUCGUUCCUUUAGAUAACUUUGGAGAGAUCCAUCCUGACCCCAACCUAACAUAUGCCAAGGACUUGGUUGAUACAGUCAAAUCAAAUCCUACAUAUGAUUUUGGUGCUGCUUUUGAUGGUGAUGGAGACAGAAACAUGAUAAUAGGUAAAAACGCAUUUUUUGUAACGCCAAGUGACAGUUUGGCUGCCCUAGCCAACAACCUUGAUUGUAUUCCAUAUUUCAAAAAGCACGGAGUCCAUGGAUUCGCUAGGUCCAUGCCCACGGCAGCUGCAGUUGACAGGGUAGCUACAAAGCUAGAAAAGGAAAUGUUUGAAGUUCCUACCGGCUGGAAGUAUUUUGGUAAUUUGAUGGAUGCUGGCAGAUUGUCACUUUGUGGUGAGGAGAGUUUUGGUACUGGAUCUGAUCACAUACGUGAAAAGGACGGUAUCUGGGCUGUUCUAGCAUGGUUGUCUGUCAUAGAGCACAAAAAUAUGAGUGUGGAACAGAUUCUGAAAGAACACUGGAGUAUAUAUGGAAGAAAUUAUUUCACACGAUACGAUUAUGAAGAAUGUGAUAGUGACGCUGCAAAUCAGAUGAUGGCCCAUUUAGAAAAAUUGAUCGCCAGCAACGACUUUGUCAGCAAAACAUAUACUGCAUCCAAAAAAUCAUAUACUAUCCAGAAAGCGGAUAACUUCUCUUAUGUAGAUCCUAUUGAUAUGAGCGUGGCGAAAAACCAGGGUAUAAGGAUACUAUUCUCAGAUGGUUCCAGGUUGAUUUACAGACUUUCAGGAACAGGUAGCAGUGGUGCCACUAUUAGGGUAUACAUUGACAGCUACGAAAAGGAGAAUGUUCUGUCUGAUGCGCAGGUAUAAAAUUCAACAACACCCGUAAUUUGAUAACUUCAAUAAAACUUCUAAUAAUUGUCGUCAACCGGUCUCACUCCACUCUGAACCUACCUUAUAAAAUGUGUGUUACAUUGUGUCCUGAAACUUGUUGAGUGUCAAGUCUGUAGUUUCUAGAAUACCAAAAAACUUGCGGCGUUCCAUACCCAACACUUUUAAUACACUCUGUUUCAGGUUAUGUUGAAGCCACUGGUGGAUAUUGGAUUGGAGAUAUCCCAACUGAAGAAAUUUACUGGCAGAGACGCCCCAACGGUCAUCACAUAAAAACUUUUUAUAAAAUUGUGGGAAUGUAAUCACCAUAAACAUAUAGCAGCACAGCAAGAAUUUUAUAUUGAUUUUUACAAUGUUCAUGCGUUGCCACAUUUAUUUUUAAUAUAUUUUGUUAUUCCUCUAUCAGUAAUAUAUUUUGAUGUUUUAGAUG